CUCUUUGUUUGUUGUUUUAUGUGCUUUUUAUGAUUUAAUGAGUGAAUUGAAUAUAUAUUUACAUAACCAUUUUACCGGUUAAAAAACAAAUGAUGGACUUUUUCACAUUAUAUUUGUAUCGGAAAAUUUAACUUUCAGUGAGGAUUGUUACGCCGAGCUUACUCGACACGAUGGUUUAGUAAACGGGAGGCUACUGUUUUAAUUUAUCUCGAAUCGCAGUUUUCGCCUAGUAGUAAAACAUGAAACGUAGAAGUAAGCUUUCUUCUCAGAAUAAGAAAAUUGACAUCAAAAGCAGUGGUGAAGAUGAAUUCUCAGGGAGAUCUGGACAAAUGGAAUUUGACCUAAAUGCUGAUGUAAAAGCCAAUGAAAAAAGACUCAAACAUAGCUUCAAACUAUGCCUCCUGGGUCUAGUGAUUAUUAUCGCCAUAUAUAAAUUCCAUAUGAUUGGGUCUUUGUCGAAGACGAAUGUAGAUGAAAUUGUAAUAAAUCAGACUGAGACUGGAUGGAAAAGGACAUUUAAAAACCGACUGUUUGGAGGUGCCAACGUGAUGUUUGAUGUCGAUGAAGAUGGCAAACCGGAUAUACUAAGCGGAGCGGGAGACUUGAUGACAUAUAACGAAACGUUAUUCUGUAUGGAAUCGAAUGACGAUGACACGGCUGGACAAUUUUCACACUUCCAUGACCUGUGCAAAGACUUCAAUCUGACCUAUCCAUGUAAAGCAGUGAUAUUCGCCGUGAGGGGUUAUGAUGGAAAGCUAUUGUGGGAAUUGCCAGUCAGGUCAAUACCUCUGUUCUUCAACUGUGAAGACGUUGAUGUUAAUCAGGAUAAUAAAACUGACUGUAUUGUGUCGGGCCGCUCUGGGACGUUGAUGGCAUUCGAUCCCAGAAAAGGUAAAACGUUGUGGAUGUCUGAACCACAAGAUUUCAUAAAAGCCAACUGGAAUGUUUACCGAGUUGUUGCCAUUGGUGACUUGGACAAUGACGGUGUGACGGAGCUGCUGGUUUCAAACGGUGGAAAUCCCGCGAAAACCGCCGAGGAGACUGACCGAGACCCAGGCAGACUUCUUGUUGUUUCCGGAGCAGAUGGCAAACCAUACGGUAGACGUUAUCUGAACAUGCCCAAUAGACGCGAGACCUACAUGAGUCCAAUUCUGUACAAGCCAUUUCAUCACUACUAUAUCCUGUUUGGAAGUGGCGGGGAAUCAAUCUCUGGUGAUCUCAUGGGUAUCGACCUGACCGACUUUCUUUGCUAUACAUUUCCGAACCCUGAGUGCAAAGCAAGAAAUGGCAGCACAGACCCGUGGAAUCUCAAGGAAAAGAAUGAAGACAACAUUUUCAUUAUUUAUAGGGGUGAGAAGAAAGGGGUCAUGGUAACCCCAGUGAUCGUUGAUGCCAACAACGACGGUGUGCAAGAUAUCAUUCUGUCAAUGUUCGAAGGCAAGAUCGUGUUGAUUGAUGGCAAAACCGCCAACGAAGUGUGGACUACCCUUUACAAUGGCAUGGAGUCGUACAGCACCCCUGCUCCUGGUUAUUUCAAUAAUGAUGAUAUCUUGGACUACAUGGUCAAUUGGAACAAAGGCGCAUGGUUUACAUACUCGUCUGCUAAUGUGUCAAUAAUCAACGGCAAGGACGGGUCAAUCCUAUGGACCUUGAGUUCAGCCUACAUGCAGUUCAGCUCUUCGUUAGUUGCGUCAACCAAUCACAAACACAAGCAUGCGUUCGUGUUUCGACAGCAGGGCAGGGGGUCGGUCUUCCGCUGGACUCCUGGAGGUCAAAUACUAAGGCCUGGUGAAACACUGAACGACCUUAAAUUGCAUCUUUCAAUCAAGGACACUGAUUCAGAUAUGCAGAGACCACAUGACGACUAUGAAGUAGUCUUUCCAGAUGAACUGGAUAAGGACGAUCUUAAGCGCUUAAACAUGACCAGAGUGGAUUACAAACGCCUUAAAUACAAGCUUACCACGCUCACUUGCGAAGAUGAUGUUGACAGUUUCCGCGGCGAAGUCCUGAUGAUUGACAUAGAUAGUUUAAACUCCGCCUAUCGGAUUAUUGACAGGCCCAUGGAAAAGUACCAUUAUAAGGUCAAGAACAUCAACGUCGACCAUUUCGACUCCAAUACCCAUUUAGACUCCAAGUACAGAAGACCACUGCCCGUACAAGAAGGAGAUGUGGCUAGAUCAGCAAAAUCCCAAGGAUCUGGUGGUGGUCUGUUAACUGCUACCAUUACACCCAACACAAACUCAAAGCAAGAGUCCAGAAUUAGAAAAUGCAAGGGAUUGACACAGAUAAAAGGCCCUUUGGUGGAAAUGUGCUCAACCGAAGAACCUGAUCUAUUUAGUACUGGCAUGCUAGGAGAUUUUGAUGGUGAUGGAUUCCUUGACUACAUUGGCGUUUAUCUCCGCCAGUACCCUAAAUACAAUCGUAAAUACUACAAGGCUGGUGCUGACAUGGAUGUACUAAUGCAAAAAGUCAACGUGGAGUUACUGAUUUCAAAACAAACAUUGGAAAAGGUCCAUCUUAACGCAGUGACAGACAUGCAAGUUACCAAAGACCCCCAAUACACACCCAGUACACCAAAACGAUAUUUACCACCGACUGAACAACCAUGGACCCAGUUUAUGGGGAAAUCACAAGACAGUAUUUAUCAAAAAAAUAUCAGCACUAUUAUUUAAUAAUGGUUUGGUUGGUUUGACUUGUUUUGUAUAUUAUUACUCUGAUACAGUUAAUGUAGCGUUCUAUUUAUUUGCGGUAUCAUCAUUAUUAUUUUUAUUAACCGUUCGUUAGAUGCAAACGGUUUGUUUAGUUUGAUCAUUGGUCUAAUAGUCCGAGCUAUACUCCACACCCUUGCGUACAAGAUUAGUAUAUCAUGCAGGUUUCUACUUCCCACAGGUGCUUGAUCACUGACCAAGUUUCAUAACUCUGACCCUGAAUUGAGCAGUAUGGAAACCUUGCAGUGAAAUCUUUAACAUGUUUUCAGAGUCUUCUAACAAAAACUUAUGACUGUGAACCGUAUUUUAAUAUAAUUAUGCCACUUAAGUGUAUAUCUCUAUACUUUGUCUAUACCUGCUCCAGGUAUUGCACAGAAAUUUGCCCAUAUGUGUUUAUGGUAUUUGAAAGCAUUCACUGAAAAAAAACUCUAACCAAGAUCUUCGAUUCUCUCGGAUCGUCAUGUAAAGUUAUUAACCAAGACUUUGAACUUUAAUAAUUCAGGUAAACGUUUGAUUACACCAUUCCUAUUUUUAAGCCCCAUUUACACUCACAAUCAACGAAAAUGUCGUAAAAUAUAAUCAGUGUUCCCAAUAGCAAUAUCCUAGAUGUGGUCUGGUAACAGAUAUUUAACAAUAUACAAAAUGCUCUAUUUUUAUUGUGCGUGGUACUAUAUUCAACAUAUGUUCAUGUCCCAUGUUACUGUUGUGUGUCGUAUGAAUAAAUAUUGUUGCGGGUAAUAAAAAUCGAAUAUAUAUAUAUAUUGUUCCACAAUCGGAGAUUGUGUGUAAUAUGUGCCUGAUCAUGGUAAUAUAAAAUAAAUUGUGAAACGAAAUA